AUGACUGGAAAAGAAAGAGUAUUGUACUGGCCAGAGACUUAUACCAAUAUCAAAGAGUUGGGCAGAGGUGUCAGUGGUGUUGUAUAUAAGGCUCACUCUAAGGAAUCAAAGGAUAAGGUUGUGGCCAUCAAACUAGUCGAUAUCAAUCAGAGUAAAGCAACAUGGGAUCAAGUACAGAUAGAGAUCAACACAUUGGUCACAUUGAACUCUUGUCAGCAACAUACAAACAUUAUCAAGUUGAUUGAAUGCUUUAAACAUAGAACAACAGCAAUCUUUGUGCUGGAGUAUAUUGAUGGUGGCACGUUGGAGGACUUUAUGAAUACGUUUGAUGAGGGUCUUCCAUUGCCACUGGUCUCACAUAUCAUUUACCAGAUCAUCAGCGCCAUUGAGUAUAUGAACAACAGGAAGUGCUCCCAUCGUGACAUAAAACCAGCCAAUAUCCUGAUGGUCAGCAACAGGAAGAAACAGUCGGGCGUUGAAGAGCUGAGCAACUCUGGCAGGUCGCCAUCCUCCAGAGACAUGUUCUCGGUGUUCAAGAAGAAACACGACAAUCACUACUCCUACGACCCAGAGGACAUGCCAAUCAUCAAGGUCACCGACUAUGGCUACGCCUCAAUCACCAAAGAUGACAAUGACAUGCACUCAACCUUGGCUGGCUCACCAUUAUACAUGCCUCCAGAGGUCAUCCACAUCAUUCUCUCACCAAACUUGGAGCCAAGAAGAGGAAAGAUCGUCAAUGAUACAAACCAUGAGGGCUACAACCCUUUGUUGGUUGAUGUAUGGGCAAUUGGUGCCGUAGCCUUCAGACUGAUCACUGGACGUGAGCUGAUCAAUGAGAUCUUCCCUAACCUCAAUCAAACUACUGUGUUGGCUGCUCUUGUCAACCUGGCACAGAUGGUAGACACCAAUGAGUUCCAAAAGGGACUGGAUACUAUCCCAAAGAUAAUGAAACAAUGUGGAAUCAAUGAUCCAGAUUGCAUCAACUUUAUAACAAGUCUGUUAAUGCUGAAUCCAAAGGAAAGGAUAUCAUUGCCAAAUGCACUCAAUCAUCCAUUCAUGCGUGCUGGCAAGGAGUCGUUCGAAUCAAUGACCAAGGACCAAGAACAAGAGUCCAAGAUCCCAGAAGACAUCACAAGUCUGACGCAUCCCAGCUCACCUAAAACCAGAGCACAACGUGAUCAACAGCAGCAGGAGCAGCAACAACAACAACAACAAAAGGAUACACAACAAACGAAUGAACAGCCAACUACAUCUUCACCUCAACAACAACAAAACAAGGAACCUCAACCACCUGGCACAGAAGAGAAACCUACUGGAUCACCUUGGAGCUUCCCAAGGCUCACCUCACAUGGUGCUCCUGCAAUGGUGCUAUCACCUCAGAGAAGGAUCAACAAUAUCAAGCUGUUCCCAACACUGUUGCCGCGUCCAACAGAGACAUCUCCACCUCAAGAUACAAUGGUAUGGAGGAAUCCACCUCAACAACCAAGCCACAAUAUAAUGUGGUCGAAUAUUGCAGAGGACUCGUUCUUUAUUGCACAGUAUGGCAUUAUCACAUCGAUUUGGAACUCUUUGUCAUCCAACACCAACUACACUUAUAGGAUCAUCACUCAGAACAUCACCAAGACACCAUUGGAGAUUGCCUCGUCCAAUCACAAGGAGAGCAUAAUCUACAUGUUUGACAUUGCGCGCACCGUCGUCAAGCCACAACUGGUGUCAUUGGCCAACUCCAACAACGAAUCAUCGAUGCACUCUGCCCUCUCAUCCAUCCUGCAACAACUGGAGCAGGAGCAAGAGACCCUCUCCUUUGCCUGUGGCUGGACCGUCCUGUUGUAA